AAUGUAGCUAUACUUACCUAAUACUAUAACCAACCAUCCACUAAACAGUCUGUGGCAUUUUUAUACUGGAGAGAAAAAACGCGCACGUAAAAAUAAAAAAACUUCCAGGGGGUAGGCGCUCCCGAUCGGCCAACUUCGGAGAGGAUCGGAAUUUGCAGCCAGUUGCAGGAAGGUAGCAUUGCUGCCGCUAGACUCUUGUUAAUGUACCUAGUUACAAGUCUCUGACACUUAUAUAUCAGACGGUCCCAGGAAGCAACAAAGCUCCGCGUACGCAGACCGUGCGACCGGAAAGAGAAUCUGAUACAUUAUUUAUCACGCCCGGUAAUUCUCUACCUCUGUUACUCUCAUGCCCGCCUGAUACAGCCAGUAUCAAUAAGUUCAACAUUCACUGUUCAUCCUGGCCGUGUAUCACCAUGUACAUUGUUGCGGGCUGUCAUGCUUUGUAGUUAGUAUCUUUAUAGUGAAAUAAGGAAUGGAUAAGUGCAGGAAAAAGACUUCAUUUGUGUGGAAUUUUUUUUACGGAAAAUAAUGAGUUUGCUAAUUGUAAUUUGUGUAAACAAAAACUGAGUUAUAAAUCAUCAUCGACUAAUCUGAAUAAACAUUUGAAACGUAAACAUUGAUAUAGUAUGCUCACUAAUGACGGCGCAGUCGGAGCUGGACCACCUGCGGGACCUGUACAACCAGACCUCGGCACAGCUGAGCCGCUCGGACCGCAACCUGGCCAAGACCGAGGGGGACUACCUGCAGGCAUCGACGGAGCUGGCCUCGGUCCAGCAGCGGGUUCGCGACCUCGAGAAGGACCGCACGUCCUUGGACAGGCAGGUCGCGGACCUCAAGAACGGCAACACGCUGCUGCGGGGCUCGCUCACGCAGGUGGAGCAAGAGAGAGAGUGCCUUCUGACAAAAAUUGAUGCACUCACAGAGAAUGUCAGCACACUGGAACAAGACCUGCAGGCAAAGGAAUAUCACAUCCUGAGCGCAGAGGAGACUGCGACACGUCUUCAAGCAAGACUUGACAUAGCAAUUCCGGAAAACACAGCGCUGGAGCAGAAACUGCACAACGCACAGCAGGCGCUCCGUGAUCUGAGACCCCGGCUGGAAGCUUCAGAGAAGUCACGGGCAUCUGCUGAAAAAGAGGCCGGCAGCUUGAAGACCGAGGUUACUAACCUCACCCAGAAAUUGGCCUCUGUUUGCAAGGAUGCUGAAAAACUAUGUCAAAAUUUGCAGAACAUAACAUUAGAGAAAGAAGAACUAAAAAGUGCAUUUGUGAGAACCAACGAAGAAAAAAAUGAAAUGCUAGAGCAGCUCAGAAAUAUCUGCACGGAAGCGAAAGCAUUAGAGGAAAGGAACCAGAAUCUGGAAAAGGAACUGCAGAUAGCUAGGGCAGAAUCGAAGAAAGAUGAAGCGCGAGUGGAAGGUAUGAUAAACGAGUUGAGAUCCUGGGAGGUCACCGUGCGUAGACAAGAAACCAAGAUGUCAGAGCUGAAAGAGCAACUGGAACAAGCCAAUUUUAAACUCAACAAGGCCAAUGAGAAAAUUGGCAAAUUAGAAGUUCAAAAAACCACAUUAUCAAAACAGCUAGAUGAAGAGAUGUCACUUAAAGACCAGCUACAGCUAGAAGUGGAUCACAUGGCGGCUGAGAAAGGGGGACUAAAGAGCGAAAUGAAGAACGACAGAGCGCAACUGAAGUGCUUGGAGCAAGCACUGAAAAAUGCAAAGCAAGAACGCGAAAAAGAAAAACUGGACAACAUAAACCUUCAAAACGAGAACUGCCAGCUACGCAAGAACGUGGGUGACCUCAGCGACCAGCUGUUCCAGAAGUCCAGCGAGCUGCAGAGGUACACUCGGCAGGUUGCGGAUCUCAAGCACGAACGUGCCGAUGCCCACAGGAGAGAAAUCCAGCAAACGCGCACAUGCGUUUCAACGCGCGCCACGUCUCCGAUCCGUCCAGAAACGCGACUCGCCGACGUACCCGUGCCAACUGCGAGGUGCAACCCUCUGACUUUUGCUCGCUCUCCCGUCCAGUACCCCAUCACCACGGUGCAGCCCCGCGAGGAGUGCGGACCCCACAGGGAGACUUACGCCACGAAGGGCAACAGGCAGAGGACCGCGGCAGUCGCAGAGAUCAGGCAGCAACGAUCGCCUCCCGAGCGUUUCGGACGAGUACACUCGACCUUCACGUCCACUGGUCCCGGCGUGGCGGCGUGGCACGCCAAACACACUGUGGUUCGCAAGGGCAGUGCAACAGAAACCCCAACCAUCACCAAAAACAGCGCCACGCACAUCGUUACCGACUGUGCAUCGUUUUUUGAUAACAAUUGAUACCACUUACUCUUUCAAUUUACAUGUUUUUGGGUCUGCUUUAAGUCAAUGCUAAUGACAAUAACUUGUUAAACUAAGAAUAUGGUUUAAAUUAAAUUCUAUUAUUUAUAUUCCAGUAAUAAAAUUACGUGUGCUACAGACCA